CGCCGGGGUCCUAACUAUGGAGGGGUGGCUAUGGCGACCGCCUGACCCCUAGGAAACCGUAAAUCAGGAGUUGCCAUUUCUCAUGGUGGGUGGCGACAACAGGGGCGCUGAAAAGAUGCCUGCGGCCAGCGGCGCCUCACCUCAGGAGGGGAUCCCGGCGCCAAGUGCGGAAGAGCAGCAGGUCUGUCAGGCGGGAGCAGGGCAGGUGUGGUGGCGGAAGUGCUGGGACGGCGGCCCCAGCGGAGCAGUCUAGGAAGCCGCGGCCCCGGGUCAGCGAGCGGGGAGUCCCUGCCAAGCUUCAGCCGGACCGUUGCGGCUAGCGCUCGGGCGUCGGCGAGAUGCCUCUGUUCACUGCCAACCCUUUCGAACAAGACGUGGAAAAGGCCACGAAUGAGUACAACACUACGGAAGAUUGGGGUCUUAUUAUGGACAUAUGUGACAAAGUUGGAAGUACUCCUAAUGGAGCAAAAGAUUGCCUAAAAGCCAUCAUGAAAAGAGUCAGUCAUAAAGUUCCUCAUGUUGCUCUUCAGGCAUUAACUCUUCUUGGGGCCUGUGUGGCAAACUGUGGAAAGAUAUUUCAUUUAGAAGUAUGUUCCCGAGAUUUUGCAACAGAAGUACGUACAGUGAUAAAAAAUAAGGCUCAUCCUAAAGUAUGUGAAAAACUGAAAUCUUUAAUGGUGGAGUGGUCAGAGGAAUUUCAGAAGGAUCCUCAGUUUAGUCUAAUAUCCGCAACUAUUAAAUCUAUGAAAGAAGAAGGAAUUACUUUUCCUCCAGCAGGUUCUCAGACUGUCUCAGCUGCUGCCAAGAAUGGUACAUCUACCAACAAAGACAGAGAAGAUGAAGACAUAGCUAAAGCUAUUGAAUUAUCGUUGCAAGAGCAGAAGCAGCAGCACACAGAAACAAAAUCCUUGUAUCCACCUGCAGAAAUUCAGUUAAAUAAUAAUAGUGCAAGGAAAGUGAGAGCUUUAUACGAUUUUGAAGCCGUUGAGGACAAUGAACUCACCUUUAAACAUGGUGAAAUUAUUAUUGUUUUGGAUGACAGUGAUGCCAAUUGGUGGAAAGGAGAAAAUCACAGAGGAAUAGGACUCUUCCCAUCUAAUUUUGUAACAACGAAUUUAAACAUAGAGUCUGAGGCAGUGGCUGUGGACCAAUUGAAUGUAAUUGAUGAUGAUGUGGAGGAAAUUAAGAAAUCAGAGCCUGAGCCUGUUUAUAUAGAUGAGGAUAAGAUGGAUAGAGCCCUGCAGGUACUCCAGAGUAUAGAUCCAACAGAUUCAAAACCAGACUCCCAAGACCUCUUGGACUUAGAAGAUACCUGUCAACAGAUGGGUCCAAUGAUAGAUGAAAAACUUGAAGAGAUUGAUAGGAAGCAUUCAGAAUUGUCUGAGUUGAAUGUAAAAGUCUUGGAAGCUCUGGAACUGUAUAACAAAUUGGUGAAUGAAGCACCAGUGUAUUCGGUCUAUUCAAAGCUCCACCAUCCAGCACAUUACCCACUUGCAUCAGCUGGCGUUCCAGUGCAGACAUACCCAAUUCAAUCACAUGGUGGAAACUAUAUGGGUCAAAGCAUUCACCAAGUCACUGUUGGCCAGAGCUACAGCCUAGGGCCAGAUCAGAUUGGUCCACUGAGAUCUCUGCCUCCAAAUGUGAAUUCUUCAGUGACAGCACAGCCUGCUCAAGCUCCAUACUUAAGCACUGGACAAGACACCAUUUCCAGCCCCGCUUAUAUGCACCAGAACUCUAACCUUCAAUCAGCUACUGGUACAGCUGCGUACACACAGCAGAUGGGGAUGUCUGUGGAUAUGUCGUCUUACCAGAACACUGCUUCCGAUUUGCCGCAAGUGGCAGGCUUUCCGGUGGCAGUUCCAGCUCAUUCAGUUACACAGCAGCAAACAAAUUACCAUCAGCAGCCUCUCCUAUAGAAACAAACCAAGCAUUUUCUUGAAAGUAUUCGUUAAGUGUAUUACUCAGCCCUUAAGAUUCUCGUCUGGAAAUAUUAAAAAAAAGUUUCUCUCAACUCAAAAGGACUCUGUAUAAAUAAAGCACAAAAGCCUAUCUUCCUCUACCAAGGCCAUAAAGGAAAUUUUUCAGCCCAGUUUGUUUGAAGUCAAACUUUUGAUCAAAGGGAACUUAAAGAUGCUUCUAGUUAGUUUUGUCUUACUUUAAAACCUAACCCCAUGGCACUAAACAGCAUGAGUUAGGAGUGUAAACAUUUUACUUUAAAGAAACCAUCUUUUCCCCCUAAAACAUUAUGAUUUCUCCUAAAACAUUGGGAGAGCACCGAAACCUUUAAAUGUCUUUUGUCUGUACUUUUUUUUUCUUUUUCAGUUUCCCACACACUAUUAUUUUAAAAUGCGAACAUCUUUUUGUGUAAGCGUUUAGCUUGCCAACAUAUUUCCUUUUGGCUCCUUAAAUUGCAGUUGUGUUUGCAGUACUGUCAGUUUUGCUCUCAGUGUUAUGUUGAGUAAUAAUUACCAUAUAAUUGUCUACAGAAGCAAGAGCAAUUUGAAAGGAAAAAGAAAGUUUUCUGUAUAGUAACUGUGAAGACCAUAUAAAAGCAGACGUGCGGUGAAACAUAGAGCCAGACCCCCAGUCAUGCCAACAGUGGGCUAAGGAAUGCCCCAUAAAACAUUUCCAUGCCCUGGGGAAAAGCAUUUCCUUUCCUACAAGUGUCCCCGGUAUUUAGAAUUGCCGCUAAUGACCUUUUCAAGUGACUCCAGCCAUUCUGUAAUGAAGAUACGGCCCAUUUGGUUUCCUUCCCAAAGUGUGUCAUGCAGAGAUACACCUACUCCUCAUUUAUCCACAAUCUUGUUCUCCAGCAUUUCGCAUUUACGACAGUAGUAAAAAAUCUACUGACUGCUUUGCACAUUGACAAUGUACGUCUGGCAGUAACAAACGCGAGAUAUGAGAGUAAUGCUGGCUGUGAGGGUUAAGGUUGUGUGUCAGCUUGUCUGGGCUGAUUCUCAGUGGUUUGGCAGUUAUGUGAUGAUGUAAUUAGGCAGUUAUGUAAUGGUGUAAUUUGGCAGUUAUGAUAGGGAUCCUCCAUUUGGUGAUCAGAUGUGAGUCAUCCUCUAUUUUUGCAUAACACUGGCUUCGCAUAACGACCUGGUCUUAAGACCCUAACAUGUUGAUAAGUGAGGAGUGGGUGUACUGUAUUUCGUUUUUACUGAUUAUACUUGAAUUUGAACCGUGAAACAUUCCUAAUAAUUUCAUGUGAUGUAUACCAAGCAUGGAUGUCAAGUGUGUGUUUACUGGUGUGUUGGGUUGAGAGCUACAGCUGCUAACCAAAAGGUCGGCAGUUCGAAUCCACCAGGCACUUCUUGAAAACUCUAUGGGGCAGUUGUGCUCUGUCCUGCAGGCCGCUAUGAGUCAGAAUCGACUUGACGGCAGUGGGUUUGGUUUUUUGGGUUUUUGGGUGCUUUUAAAAAGUGUUUUGAGUACCUCUGCUAUGCCAGGCUGUUGAAAAAUUUGACCAUUCCUUUCAGAAAUAAUCUAAGUCUGUGGAAUGAUAGCAGGCACCAGAUUGAUAGUUUUUUUGAAGGCUAAGUUUUAAAUUUUUAAGUUUUAAAUUUGUUUGUAGGACUAAUAGAUGCCCAUACUAUAGGAAUUAGAUAGUAAACCAAUAGGGUUUGUUUUCUGUCCUAAAAAUUUACACAGCAUAUCAUUUACCAACUUUUUAUAUAACACAAAAUAGAAAAUACAAAUAAAUAUGCUUACAGAUAGAUGAUACUUAAAUUGGAAAAAGCAGUGGACAUAAAUUUAAUUUCUAAAAAGUUACUUGCAUGGAAACAUGAUUUCUACAUUUGAUUUUUAAAGCAUUUAAUCUUUCUACUAAGAAUCCAUUUGAGAACAGUUCUCUGGAAAUUUUUGUCAUUAAUCUGUUUAUAGAAAUUUGCUUAGCAAUGUGCUUCUUUUUCAAAGAAACUGUAUCCUAGAACAAAAUAAUCUGUUUAGUACUUGGUCUACAUUUAAAUGGAAAACAAACCAACGAACCAGUAUUUGGAAGCCCAAUUUCUGUCAUUGUCUUAUUUCAGAUAUAAAUAACUGCAAAGAAAAUCUUAACCCUUGAUGUCUUGUGUUCUCUUUCCCAUCCAUGCAAAUUCAAUUAUAUAGUUAUAAAAAUUGUUCUAAAAUGGCACCUUUUUUGG